GCUGCUGCUGCUGUUGGCGGGCGCCCUGGCAGGCCAGCGGGCGGCGCGCCCGGACGUCGCGGCCGGUUAUGAUGUUCUGAACACUGCUUUGGAAACCAGUGACAAGUGGAUUGGGCGAAGGCUACUGCUGGAAGUGGAGGAGAAUGUUACAGAUCACCCUGAAGAGACAGAGCGUCCACAUCACAAAAACUGCACUGAACCAGCUCUCAAUGAAUUCCCUAGUGACAUCUUCACAAAUGAGAACCGGCGGCAUGGAGCAGUCGUUUUGCACGCCUUCUGUGCUGUCUACAUGUUCUAUGCUUUGGCUAUUGUCUGUGAUGAUUUCUUUGUCCCUUCGUUGGAAAAGAUUUGCGAACGCCUGCACCUCAGUGAAGAUGUGGCAGGGGCAACAUUCAUGGCAGCCGGCAGCUCUGCUCCAGAACUGUUUACAUCUGUCAUAGGUGUGUUUAUCACGAAAGGAGACGUGGGUGUUGGGACCAUCGUGGGCUCUGCUGUAUUCAACAUACUCUGUAUAAUUGGGGUUUGUGGCCUCUUUGCAGGGCAGAUUGUUGCACUGUCAUCUUGGUGUCUCCUGAGGGAUUCCAUGUAUUAUACCUGCUCUGUUGUUGCACUUAUCUUGAUUAUUUAUGAUGAAAAAGUUGCUUGGUGGGAAUCUUUAAUUCUAGUGCUAAUGUAUGCUGUCUAUAUUCUCAUCAUGAAGUUUAAUUCCAAUCUACAACAUAUCUUUGAAAGGAGGACAAAGAAUGCAACAAAUAUGGUGAAUGGACUGGCAAAUAACACAGAGAUGGAUGACAACAGCAAUUGUGAUGCUACAGUAGUAUUAUUAAAGAAAGGUAACUGUUCCAGAAACUUCCAUCGCAAAGCCUCUGUGAUCAUGGUGGAUGAACUGUUGUGUGCAUAUCCACACCAACUUUCCUUUUCAGAGGCUGGGCUGCGGAUUAUGAUAACCAGUCACUUCCCCCCCAGAACCCGGCUCUCCAUGGCCAGCCGCAUGUUGAUCAAUGAGAGACAAAGACUAAUCAACAGCAGAGUAUACACCAACGGAGAAUCAGAGGUGGCCAUCAAAGUCCCUGCCAAGCGUACAGUAGAGAAUGGGUCAGGACCCAGCAAUUCUGCAGAGAGAGGUGCAAGUGGAGCGAGAAGAGACGAGGAAGCUGCAGAGGCUGGGAAUGAAACAGAGAAUGAAAACGACGACAAUGAAAACAAUGAGAAUGAUGAAGAGGAGGAGGAGGAGGAGGAAGAGGAUGGGAGUGGAGACCCUUACACUCCCUUUGAUCUACCAUCUGGCGUAAUAGAAAUUGCCAAAUGGUUGUUCACCUGGCCUCUGUCCUUGCUCUUGUACUUCACGGUGCCCAACUGUAAUAAACCCCGCUGGGAGAAGUGGUUCUUGGUCACUUUUGCUUCUUCCACCCUCUGGAUUGCAGCUUUUUCCUACGUGAUGGUAUGGAUGGUAACAAUUAUUGGUUAUACUUUGGGUAUUCCAGAUGUGAUCAUGGGGAUCACAUUUCUGGCAGCUGGAACCAGCGUACCGGAUUGUAUGGCAAGCUUAAUUGUAGCAAGACAAGGAAUGGGUGACAUGGCUGUGUCCAACUCCAUUGGAAGCAAUGUUUUUGACAUUCUGAUUGGCUUGGGGCUUCCAUGGUCUCUACAGACUCUAGCAGUAAACUAUGGUUCCUAUAUUCAUUUAAACAGCCGAGGACUUAUCUAUUCUGUGGGCUUGCUGCUGGCAUCAGUUUUUGUUACUGUGUUUGGUGUUCACUUGAACAAAUGGAAGCUGGACAAGAAGUUGGGGUGCGUGUGCCUUCUCCUCUACGGCAUCUUCUUGUGUUUCUCCAUCCUGACAGAAUUUAAUGUCUUCACUUUUGUGAAUUUGCCAAUGUGCAGAGAUCACUGAUCAUGUGGAUGGACUGCUGAGAGGCAAUUUUCUUCUGUACCUGUGCAAUAUGAAACAUGGUUGGCAUCUCCAAGCAGUGGGGGUGUCUCAUGAAGGCCAUGAAGUACACCUCCUCAGUGUUCAUUGGGUCCUCUUCCUGUUUGGGCUUAGCCUCUUUCUAAGCCACUCCUUCACGCAUAUAGACACACACACCUGGAAACCUCCUGAAUCGAUGUGAAGAUUUACAAACUCAGAUACUCUAAACAGUGACUUGCAGUCUAUAUGAACUAUCUUCUACCUGGCACUGAGCCAGAGAAACUGAACUGCCACAGUUUCUUCUUUUUAACUUAUUUGAAGACUAAUCUAAUUUAUGAAUUGCGACUAUAGCUAGGAUACAAAGAAGAGGUACAUUGUGUUGGGUCCUUUCUGAGGAAAAUAGAAGGGACCUAUUUUAUUUCCUCCCUCCCCUCCAAGAAAAGCUCUCUUGCAACUUCCUUACGUUUCUGAGUUUUCAGUUUCAUUUGGAAGAUCCAAAAGUCACAAAUGGCACUCAGGGAGCUGAGUUCCAGGUACUUGUUAGUAGGAAUGGACUUCAUACUUUUUGAAAGAAAGCAUUGGAGGUAGUACAAUAUGGUUUCCUCACAGGAAGUCCUGUAUUGCUCAAAGCUAUUUGAGAGGAACCCUAACUGAAUGCAGACUAUAGAACUGAAUGUUGCUACCAUUUUAUUCUUAUCAUCAGAAUUUGAUUGCUAAAUUGUUUGUUAUAUUUCCAAGCAAUAGUUUUAGGCCUACCAACUCUGGAAGGCUAACAAGGUGGAGUUCUGGUUUUUAACUGUCAGUAAUCUGAAAUGCAAGGUCAGAAGCAAAGCCUGGACUGACCUUUUUGUGAUUUCUCAAUAUUUCUAGUUUCUGUAGCACUUUUAGAUUGAAAAGUGCUUUGCAAUCCUUACCUUCUUUGUCCUGACAACAGUCCUGCAAGGUAAGUCACUCAUAUUCCCACAGGGAUUUUUUUUUUUUCGAAUGGUGGAGCUGAGGCUGAGAGAGAACGAUGUGCCAAAAGCCGAUGAGUCCAUUUAGGGCUAAGCUAAGGCUUGAACCAAAGUAGUCUGGGUUCAACUCAGACCUCAGGCUACUGGAUUAUCAGACUAGCUCUCAAUGUAUUGGAGACUGGGAAGUGGGGGGAAGGCAUGUAAAGCUAUCUUUUUAACUGAGAGGAGAACAUAAGCACAUGGCACACAUUUUUUUAAAAAGUUAGUUAUAGACACUGGUUUCUGAAAGGCAUAUUUUGCACAUAUAUUAUUGCUGAUGUUAUCAUUUGCCACUCUGCAAAGGAUACACUGGACCUGGGUAGGGUUUUUUCUCUCUCUUACAGAUGCAUCUGGCACAACACACUGGGAAUUUGUCCUGUGUGAGCUCCAUUUCUGGAGCACUUCCAAGUGAAUUGUGUCAUCUGUCUAAUACAAAACUGCUUAGAAUUCAUCCUGUGUCCUCUUGGAGGUAGGGCAGGGGACAGGAACAGGGGGGAAUGACGAUGACACUUUGAAAACUGAGUAUUUAGUAGCUGAUGUGGUUGGGAAAGAUUUGCCAUUCAGCAUUACAUUGGCCCUGCUGUCUUUGGUGCAGUACUGCAUUUGUCCACAUGACAAAGGCAUUACACCUUGGUAGAGCCACCCAUCACUGUCACAGCUUCAUAGUUGUCCUGCUAGGCAAAUGUUUGAGGUAUAUUUUGUCUAUGGUACAAACAAAGGUCAUUAUUAACAAAGAAGCAGCAAGCCUGAAGUGUUUGGGGUUAAAAGCAUGCUCCAGAGUAAGAAACCUAUCUACCCACCGGUUUGCACUUUUACACUUGAUUAUUUUAAAAUGAAUUUCCUUGGGACAAAUGGUGUGAAAUAAAAUUUUCUAAUCUGCAAACUCCCUU